AGAUCUUCAGAAGUAGGUUCCAACCUUCCAGGUCAUCAUUUCUGGGCAACGCGUCGCGACCUAAGAGACUAAUAAUAAUAAGGACAUCCCGCACAUACUAGUUGGCGCUGGAACGAAGAGACUUCGCCAAGAUUGCACCAGUGUACCGCACAGCCUUGUCGAUACAAUGGCAGACGAUAUCAGGUCUUGGAUCACAAAGGUCCUUAUAGACCACGAUAUACGUUACGGGGCUAAUUUCAAAGUUCCAGUCAAGUGCAAGCAUUACUGCCAACUACUCAAGUUUUAUACCUACAGGGAUGAUCGGAACCCUAGAGCCCAGAUAGAGGGAUCUAUUGGUGAUCGGACGCAUCGUGUAAAAGUCGUAUUCGACCCCGAAGAGACCGACAAAUUUGAACAGCCGGAUCCCGAUACCGGAUAUAAGCAUUCGUUGACCUCCCAACUGCGUUCAAUCUUCCAAAUAAAAGAAUUCCACAUACACAUCGCUCCACCUUCACCCUUGGCAGGCACGAAAAUCCCCAUUGUGACCUUCUUUGUAACCAAAUGGGAUGUCGUUAGUGGCAAUCACGAUGAGCCAGUAUAUUGGCUUGACACUUGUAAGAUAGGAGAAGGUAAUAAUGAUGGGAAGGUUCGAGAUGUUCUAAAAAAGUGGUGGUCCGGAGAGUCCAAUUCUGAAUCUUCACAAAACCGUUCAUCGCAAAAUAUCCUAAGCCAAGGCAACAUCCCAGACAUGUCAAUCUCAGCUGCAAGGCCCAGAGGGAACAAAGAUGUAGCCCAUUAUUACAGAACAACUGUUGCACUUGGUGACAUUGUCUCCAUAGAGGAAGCUAAGGCGUCGCGAGUGGGGGAAUGGGAUGCACAAUCCGCCUUGGCAUGGCUGGAAAGAAAUCAAGAUACUGUUUUAAACACACACGCUCAAUAUCGGAAUUACCCGUCAAAUAAUGCCGAGACCAUCAAGUCGUUACAGCAUUCUCAAGGCAAGACGGUACAGGAACCUUCUGACCAUGGGUACCCGCCAGAGUCCCAACCGAUUGAAGAAGGUAUCAGUCGUAAUUCCAGAUCCCCCCAUAUUUCUAAUAGGAGGUCACCUCCAGGCUCCUCCCAAUCCCAUCACAUUUCAUCGUCAUCUCUCCUUCAUGCUUCACCUACAAAGUGUCAAUUUUCGAAGGAGAAAAUCACCGAUCCCCUCAACUUCCCGUCCAGUCCGGCGACCAAUAUGUCUCCUGGCAACACUGACGAAGAACUGCUCUCACCAUAUGAGAGAGAAGAGCGAAGAAAACGCAGCAGGAAAAGCAAGGCAAUAAGAGAGGAUGGAAAUAAGGAGCUGGAGCAAAGCUCCCCUAGUCCCUCUCAACUGUCUCAAUUGUCAUGGCUAUCCCCACCUUCGCCUACCAUGGCGACGCCAAGGAAAUCAGGUGCAGAGCUAAGUCGGGGUGAUCGCCCUGUCCCUGAAUUAUCACCCUCCGGAAAUGCCACCAUCUCCAACGCUCGAGACAAAUGGAAGCGCCCACGGGAGUCUCUGAAUUCGAAGGGACAAAGUAGGAUAGUUGUCUGGGACGAAGAUGAGGACAGUGACGAAGAGCCUAUGGUAAAGAAUGGUUUAAAAAGAAAAAUAAUCCUCUCAAGUUCAGAGCCAUCUCCACAAGUGAUUGAGAUACAAGACUCUUCGGGUGAUGAAGAGAAUUUCGCACAGACUUCCAGCAGUCUCACGACCAAACGCAGUACUAAGGGAGACGCUGAACGGACUAUUAUGGCACAACAAGAUACCAUGCUUAGGACAAGAGAGGCGACGAGACCUAUUAAAACCCCAUCAAGCUCGAGUGGCUUGAAUGGAAUUAGUGCCGAUCGAAGGACGUGUACAGACGGGGAUAAAAGGGAAGAGAACGGGAGGGGAAAAGGAGGGAAUGCGCUGGGGGGCGAGGAAAAAACGAUGGUGGAAGAGAAAGAAGAGACAGGAAUAGGGGAAGAAGAAGAUGAAGAAGAAGAUGAAGAAGAAGAGCAGGAGGAGGAAGAGGAAGAGGAGGAAAAAAUAGAGGAGGAUGAAGAGGAAGAGGAGGAAAUAGAGGAGGAAGAGGAAAAAAUAGAGGAAGAAGAGGAAGAGGAAGAAAUAGAGGAGGAAGAGGAGGAAGAGGAGGAAGAGGAGGAAGAGGAGGAAGAGGAGGAAGAAGAGGAAGAGGAGGAAGAGGGGGAAGAAGAGGAAGAGGAGGAAGAAGUGGAAGUGGAAGAGGAGGAAGAGGAAGUGGAGGAAGUGGAGGAAAUGGAGGAAGAAGAAGAGUUAAAAGAUGACAGGGAGAUAGAAGGAAAGAAGGAAGAAGAAGAACAGCAAACAGGCGAAAAGAAAGAAGGAAUUCAGGUGAAGUUGGGGGAGAAACGAACAGAAGGGGGUGUGCGAGGACGAACAAUGAAAAAAACCGAAAUAAGCAUCAAAGAAGAAAACGAUGAUGUCGAUGGCAAUCGUGUCCAAAGGAGACUUGAAAAUGAAAGACUGGCUAGAAUGGACGUCUUGAGGAUGGAAAAGGAAAUGGACGAAGCACACACACCGCCCGUACUCGAGCGGGGAAACGAAAUCCUCCGGAGAAAGAGAAAACACAGGGCCGAAGACCCGACAUCAAACCAACACGUACCCAAGUUCGGUGGUUUCAAACUCGAUAUGACUUUGAGGGAGGGAGGUCUUGACGAGGCAUGCGUGCUGCAAAUGCUGGAAUGGGCAAGGGAAAAAAGACAAGAGAUUGCCAAACGAUCUAAGAAGCCUUGAAGGGUGUUGCUAUUAUAAAACAUGUUAGGACGCUAUCAAAAGAUAAUUACAGAUA